AAAAAAAGCCAGAGAGAGCAGGAGCAGUGCAAGCUGAAACCGAGGAAAUGGCAGCUCUACCAGUCAACGUGCUUAUCACAGGAGCCAACAGAGGCUUGGGCCUGGAGAUGGUUAGGCAAAUCGUGGAGGCCUACAAGCCUGUGAAAAGGCUGUUUGCCUGCUGCAGAGACCCAGAUGGACCCAGGGCUGAGGCCUUGCAAACACUUGCAAAGAAACAUCCUAAGAUCAUCUCCAUCAUCUGUCUGGAUGCCGCUGACCCUUGUAGCAUAAAACAGUGCAGCCAGCAGGUGGGCUCUCAGGUGGGGACGGAGGGGCUAAACCUGCUGAUUAACAACGCAGGGAUCCUGUCCAAAAGCAUCCUAAAGGAAGUCACUCCUGAGGACAUGCAUAAUAGUUUCAACACCAAUGUCAUGGGUCCUAUGAACAUGAUUAAAGAGUUCCUGCCUCAACUUCUUGCAGCAGCGAAGGCCAGUAAGAUUCCAGGGAUGUCAAACCGGAAAGCAGCUGUUAUAAACAUCUCUUCAGUUCUGGGUUCAAUGCAGUCUGUCGAACAGUCAUAUCCUUUUUUCCCAGCCAUCGCUUACCGCAUCAGCAAGGCAGGUCUGAACAUGAUGACAGUCUGUGCUGCAGAAGAGCUGAAGAAAGAGGAGAUCCUGUUUUCUGUGCUGCACCCUGGCUGGGUGCGCACUGACAUGGGUGGAGAGGAGGGGGAGAUUGAUGUCACAGAGAGUGUGCAGGGGAUGCUUCGUGUGAUUACUUCCCUGACCGUGAAGCAAAAUGGAGCCUUCCUGGAUUAUAAAGGCGAUACCAUUGCCUGGUAACUUUACGAUUGACUCAGGUCAAACAGGCUCUUUGUUUGAUUCGGUUGUGAAUCUGCUUACUUUUCGCAUAUUUGUUUCUAAUUGAAUGAAUAAAGGCUGUUUUCCCAACA